AUGACAUCUGAAGACUCACAACUCCCUAAACUGCUGGCUGAGAGUAUUGAAAAUAGCAAAGCAGAGUACCGGCAACUCGGGAAAAGUGGAUUGCGAGUCUCUGUUCCUAUCUUCGGGGCUAUGAGCAUCGGCCACAAGGAGUGGAUGCCCUGGCUUGUUGAAGAGCAAGAGGCGCUGCCUUUGCUUAAGGCUGCGUUCGACCGAGGGUUAAAUACCUGGGAUACGGCAAACGUCUACUCAAACGGUAUCUCCGAGAAACUCAUUGCCAAUGCCAUAAAGAAAUACGAUAUUCCAAGACAUAAGGUUGUCCUUUUGAGUAAAUGCUGGGGUUAUGUUGGAGAGUCCCCGGAGAUCUGGGACGCCAAAUACCCCGAGGAGAUCAAGAAGAGCAAGGACUACAUCAACCAGGCGGGACUCUCGAGGACUGCUAUAUUCAAUGCCGUUGGUGCAUCUCUUGCCCGACUUGAGAUAGAUUACCUGGACGUUCUCCAAAUUCACCGCUUUGAUCACACAGUCCCGAUCGAAGAGACUAUGAAGGCUUUGCAUGAUCUUGUCAUCAUGGGAAAGGUCCGGUACAUAGGAGCCAGUAGUAUGUGGACCUACCAGUUUGCAAUGAUGCAGCAUUGCGCGGAGAAAAACGGCUGGACAAAGUUCAUCAGCAUGCAAAAUCGCUAUUCUCUUCUUUACCGUGAGGAGGAAAGAGAGAUGAACAAAUACUGCCAUGAAACCGGUGUUGGUAUAAUUCCAUGGCAGCCUCUACACCAGGGCUACCUUGCACGGCCACUGGGGUCAACUGGGUCGACACAGCGAUCUCAAGGUGGAGGAGCUGAAUUGACUGGGGCCGACAUUGCUAUUAUCCAGAGAGUUGAAGAGCUAGCCAAAAAUAAGGGGUGGACAAUGGUUCAGGUAUCAGUCGCAUGGCUACUUCAGAAAGGGGCGGUCCCAAUUAUCGGCUUCAGCACGACCCAGCGGAUCGAUGAAGCAUUAGGUGUGAGGGGAAAGACUUUGACGGAAGAGGAGGUCAAAUACCUUGAGGACCCAUACAAACCUAAGGCUAUCAGUGGUCAUCAGUAG